AUGGCCGCCCCUUCCUUCCAUAUGCAAGUCCCGGCGCACUACCUGCCAGCCUAUGUGGACAUCCGGCGGCUGAAGAAGCAACUUGAAGAAGUCGUGCACAAUGCACAACGUCAGCGCGCUACUGUUCGGCGCCGCCUGGAUAUUCUGCAAAGGCCCAGAAUAUUGCCCUCUGGCAUGACACAGAAGCCCACUUCGCCAGCUGCUGCAAGCGAGCAUCAAGACACGGAGCCUAGCUCACCUCACGCAGUAGCAGAUCCAUCCCAAAGCCAAUAUACAUCCUCCGCAGCAGCCGCAGCUGCCCGGGCUGACGAUGGAAUGGCUGGGUCGAGUUUGAGGGCUGAGGCAGAGACCCUGUCUCUGCUUCCCGAGAUAAUUCAUCUCGACCUGUACAUCCGCACGAACCACAAAGCGUUGCUGUUCCUCUGUUCGCAUUUUGACCGUCUGCUCACAGGUGUGAAGACGGCGCGGUGGUUUUCCACUUCGCUUCUGAAGGAAGCAUAUUGCAACGUUGACCUCGAACGCCUGGUUCUGAUGCUGUCCCUUCUUUGGGGGAGGUUUCGUUCCAAAUUGGAGGGAAGGCAGAUGGAAUCUGAAGCAUGGAAGCCGCCAGAUUCAUUUGUUCGGGUUACAACCAAGUACUGGGUCAGACCAGAGAACAUUGUGCGGGCGCAGUGCCUAAUUGUACGGCAUUUGCCAUUUCUCGUAUUCGGGACAUCUGACAAAGAUUUGGAGGCGUCAUUGCUUGACCCGGAUACUACAGCAGACGGGCACAAACUCCGGGCACCUAAUCUUGCACCGACACAGAUGGUGGCGUCAGUGUAUUUCGACAGUUCAGGCGCCUACAGCUACGAGCGUCGCAUAAGACGAUUUGAAGGCGCUCAGCUAUUGCGCUUUCGUUGGUAUGGCACCAACAACAAUGGUCCAGACGAGGACAUUUUCAUUGAACGGAAAACACAUCACGAGUCCUGGAGUGGCAUGAGCAGCACGAAGGAGCGAUUUGUAGUCCCGCAGCGGCUUGUCGCUCCGUACAUGCUGCUGCAACGAAGUGCUCGAGAUCUUCUGCUGGAGGCCGCAGGUUUCCACUUCUCAGCAACUGACAGUGGCCCCGUGUCAGAGCCCCCAAUGUCUCAUGAACAUACUGGGAGCCCUUAUCCUGUGGAUGGUGACGCUCAGAAACGUGCCGCUGAUGCCUACAUAGCGAAAAACGGGAAACUGAAGAAGGCUAUUCAGUUAGGGGAAGAGAUACAACAGGCAAUCGCAGAACAUCAUUUACAACCGAUGGUACGUAUUUCUUUGGACACGAAUCUGUGCAUGGUCAACGAGUACAGGCCUCAGAGGCAGGAGGAUGGCGGUUUCAAUUGGUGCCGACUUGCAGACGAAUUGCUAGGAAGGGACGAGGUUGUGCGGUUCCCCUAUGCUAUUCUUGAAGUGAAGGUUCAGCAACAACCGCCGCCUGCUUGGGUGCAGUCGAUGCUUUUGUUAUCAGACGCGACAUUGGUGUACAAGUUUUCCAAAUUUCAACACGGAAUGGCAUUUUUGCAUCGCGACAAGAUUUCCAGCGGGCUGCUGCCUCACUGGUUGCAGAGCCCUCAAUCUGCGCAGCGACAAAGGCAAGAAGACGAGCAACUGUCAGCGCAGAAGAACCGCGGUACCCUGCGGGUACCUCCCCUAGGCGGUUCCCUUUUUGAGUCGCUGCGCAAUAGCCCCGAUAGCCUGUUGACGCCUUUAACCCGUAGUCUGACCGACCACCACCUGCCAAGACUUUUGACUUCUGACGCUCUUGGAACGGAGAGGCGGAGCCUCUUCCCUGUAGGCGAAAGCGAAGCAGUGGUCGCGGCUGAUCCAGACUGGGAAGAUGUGACGGCUACAGCAGCGCACCGCACAUUUUGCUGGUUGAGAGCACAACAAAAGCGGCAGUUGCAGCAGGCGCCCAGCGCCAUAGGCCAGGAGGGACCUGCUGAAGGGGAAUUUGAAGAUGAUCGCCCGCGGGCGAACAGCGGCAGCAGUGCAGACUCACUGCGCCAACGGCUGCUGCGCCGGCACAUUCGCACCGUGAAGAAGAUUGACCCCAAGACAUCCUUCGCUGCGGAGCGCACAUUUCUGCACUACAUUCAGAAGGGGCUUUACUUGGCAGGAGCAAGCCUUGCGAGAGUCGCGAAAGCAGGUGCAGCUAACAUGCAACAACGCAUUGAUUCCCAGUGGGGGCCUUUGCUGGCGUUUUUCGCGGCCGGUGUAGCCACGUUGUUGGUGCUGGUGCUCCAGGUGGACGUCAAUCUGCGGAGUGUCUUGAAACAUGAACAGGUAGAAAAUUCGGCGGUCUACAGCCAGAAGCAGCGUGCAGAAAUGGAUUUAUCGCAGCAACCCGUGAACGAGCUGUAA